AUGCAAAAAUUAAAGUCGCUGCUCUUGAUCGUCGUCUUCGCGAUCGUCCUCAUUACCGAGGCGCGAUCGCAAAAAGGCCCGUGCAAAUUACUGGGCAACGGCAGGAACAACGUCCUGCUGCCGAAUCCUCGCAACUGCUCGACCUACUUCAAGUGUCUCGCCAACGGCCAGGACGUGCUGCAGUCGUGCCGGCCCGGCCAGGCCUUCGACGCGGCGACACUGACCUGCUCCAGUCCGGAAAAGGCCAAUUGUCAAUUGCUGUCGUCGCGAUCGUCGUCGUCAUUAUCGACAGCUCGGCCAACGACGACGACGACGACGACGACGACGACGACGACUACAACCGUCGCGACGGAAGACGAUCCGCAAGUCGAGUGUCCCGAGCAGACGAGCCCCGAGGAGAACGUCCUGCUGGCGAAUCCGCGCGACUGCCGGAGCUUCUUUCACUGCAGCUACGGCAUUCCGCAUCUGCAGCUGUGCCCGCUGGGCCUGCACUUCAAUGGGAGGAAGGCCACCUGCGACUGGGUGCACAAGGCCAAGUGCCAAGUGGUCGAUUCGACGGCACCAACGUCGAGGCCUCUGCAGAGACGUCUUUGA